GGAGGAGGAGGAGGAGGCGGCGGUGAGAAGAUGGCGACUUCGAACAAUCCGCGGAAAUUUAGCGAGAAGAUCGCGCUGCACAACCAGAAGCAGGCAGAGGAGACGGCGGCUUUCGAGGAGGUCAUGAAGGACCUGAGCCUGACGCGGGCCGCGCGGCUCCAACUCCAGAAGUCACAGUAUCUGCAACUGGGUCCAAGCCGAGGCCAGUACUAUGGUGGGUCUUUGCCCAAUGUGAACCAGAUUGGGAGUGGCACUGUGGAUCUGCCCUUCCAGCCCAGCGGAUUUCUGGGGGAUGCCCUGGCAGCAGCUCCUGUCUCUCUGACACCCUUCCAGUCCUCAGGCCUGGACACCAGCCGGACUACCCGGCACCAUGGGCUGGUAGACAGAGUGUACCGGGAGCGCGGCCGGCUCGGCUCCCCACACCGCCGGCCCCUGUCAGUGGACAAACAUGGACGGCAGGCGGACAGCUGCCCUUAUGGUACUGUGUACCUCUCACCACCCUCGGAUACCAGCUGGAGAAGGACCAAUUCUGACUCUGCCCUGCACCAGAGCACAAUGACACCCACCCAGCCAGAGCCCUUUACGGGUGGGUCCCAGGAUGUACACCAGAAAAGAGUCUUACUGCUAACAGUGCCGGGAAUGGAGGAGACCACGUCGGACACAGACAAGAACCUUUCCAAGCAAGCAUGGGACACCAAGAAGACAGGGUCCAGGCCCAAGUCCUGCGAGGUCCCUGGAAUCAACAUCUUUCCAUCUGCUGACCAGGAAAACGCUACAGCUCUGAUCCCUGCCGCUCACAACACUGGGGGUUCCCUGCCCGACCUGACCAACAUCCACUUCCCUUCCCCACUCCCAACCCCGCUGGACCCUGAGGAGCCUACCUUCCCCGCUCUCAGCAGUUCCAGCAGCACCGGCAACCUCACUGCCAAUCUGACGCACCUGGGCAUUGGUGGCACUGGCCAGGGGAUGAGUACUCCAGGCUCCUCACCACAGCACCGUCCGGCCGGUGUCAGCCCACUGUCCCUGAGCUCGGAAGCACGGCGGCAGCAGGCCCAGCAGGUGUCGCCCACCCUCUCCCCACUGUCACCCAUCACUCAGGCCAUGGCCAUGGACGCUCUGUCUCUGGAGCAGCAGCUGCCCUAUGCCUUCUUCACCCAGGCAGGCUCCCAGCAGUCGACUCCACCGCAGCCCCAGCCCCCACCACCCCCACCACCUGCAUCUCAGCAGCAGCCACCUCCACCGCCUCCCCAGGUGCCCGUUGGCCUCCCCCCAGGCAGCCCUCUGAUGCCAAGCGCCAGCCUGACACGGGGGCCCCAGCUGCCCCCACUCACGGUCACAGUACCGUCCUCUCUCCCCCAGCCCCCACCAGACAACCCAGGCCAGCCGCCAAUGGGGAUCGACAUUGCCUCGGCCCCGGCUCUGCAGCAGUACCGCACUAGUGCCGGCACCCCAGCCAACCAGUCUCCCACCUCACCUGUCUCCAAUCAAGGCUUCUCCCCUGGGAGUUCCCCACAACACUCUUCCAACCUGGGCAGCGUGUUUGGGGACUCGUACUAUGAGCAGCAGAUGGCAGCCAGGCAGGCCAAUGCUCUGUCCCACCAGCUGGAACAAUUCAACAUGAUGGAGACUGCCAUCAGCUCCAGCAGUCUGUACAGCCCAGGCUCUACACUCAACUACUCGCAGGCGGCCAUGAUGGGCCUGACAGGCAGCCAUGGGAGCCUGCCAGAUGCACAGCAGCUGGGCUAUCCCAGCCACAGCAGCAUCCCCAACAUCAUUCUCACAGUGACAGGAGAGUCCCCUCCCAGCCUCUCUAAAGAACUGACCAGCACACUGGCCGGGGUCGGCGAUGUCAGCUUCGACUCUGACAGCCAGUUUCCCCUGGACGAACUCAAGAUUGACCCCCUGACCCUGGACGGACUGCACAUGCUCAAUGACCCUGACAUGGUCCUGGCCGACCCAGCCACUGAGGACACCUUCCGGAUGGACCGUCUGUGAGUGCAGUCCCAGCACUCCAUCACCCAGCCCCGGCUCCGUCACCCCGCUGGUCAGUGGUCCCAACGGAGUCUCCCUGAGCCCAGGGACUGCACACACUGUCCCUGUAAACGGCCGAGCUUGUGAUUCUGAGCUUGCAAUGCCGCCAAGCACCCCCUGCCCCCCUCGGCUGUCCAUCUCCUGUGGGAGGCUGUGAGCUGCCUCCUUGGACUCCCCCUGCGCACACUCUUUCUCCUCCCACCCCAGGCCCUGAGCCAUCAGUUCCUGUAAGAUGCAGCAAGCGUGUUGGGCAGGGCUACAGGCCUGGGGGCACCAGGGCCUGGUCCACGCUGUGGUGGGCGGGUGUGCAUUUCCGACUGUUGUCCAGCUCUCACUGCCUUCCUUUGUCCCGGGUCCUGCCGACACCUGCCACCCCCAGGUCAUGGUUAGGUAGAGAGCCAGCCCCACCCCCCUGCCAAAGGAAGAGGGCGCCAGAGAGAGGGACAGACCCAACGCAAAAUAAACACUAUUUUGAUUGCUUUUAUAUUUCUGAGCACACAGGACGCUAGAGCCCUUUCCCAUAGGGGUGGAUACAAAGGUGUAAACUGAACAGCUAGAUCUUCCCAGCCCCCUCCUGCCUCGCCUGCCCCCCACUCCAGGUCCCUCUGGGGCUGCCUCUGCCAGGGGUCCCCUGGCCAGGAUGACAGGGCCUGCCAGGGAACAUAUGUGGAGUCGGGUCAUUUCUGGGAGGUGAUAGGACUUGCUUUCCUCUUUCUAUCUCUGCACUGUGGCCACUGUUACUGUUAUUUACAGACAGGGGUGGUCAGGGCAUUUUUGUUAGAUUUUUUUGUUGUUUCUUUUGGUUGGUUAUUUCUGUUUUGGCUGUAGACAAGUAGCUGACUACUUCAAGCCAACACUUGCCGGAGAGCAUCUUUUUAUUCCAGAAAUCCUGUUAUACAUUGUUUAAAGCUGACCAGAAGCAGUCUACAAUCUGAACUGUGACCCUGGCCUCUUUAGUUUCACCUCAAGUUAUUUCAAAACAGAAGGGCUGAGUGGCUGCCCAGCCCAGUUAAGGGUGGGUUGUGUCAGGCAGGGGACUCUGGCAGAAGCUGGAGUGGCUGGAGGUGCCUCUGCUUCUGGCCACGUACCAGACUCCUGGGAAGGAGCCACUGCUCUCAGUAAGGGUCUUGAGAAGACCUGGCUCUCUGCCUGGCCCUGUUGAGGGUGCCCACCAGUACUCGGUGACGGGUGUCCGGACCCUGAGACUGGCAGCAGCUGUGGCCCCUCUGCCCCCAGAUGCCACAGACGAGGUUGUCUCUCACCCCACCCUGAGAAAACCGACACUCAUCCCCUCCGGCCGCUUCCUGUGUAGCUCCUCCUGGGAGGGCUGGGUUUGGAGGGCAACGAACAGUGUUCUUUUAGCGGUAGGUUUCUGGGUGCUUGCUUCUCAGAGUGCCUUGGUAGGCAGAGGUGACCCUCCCUCUGACCUCCAGGCCCUUCGAGGGGUGGCGGGCUGGCUUUGUUUUCUGUCAGCUGCUUGAGCAGGAGCCUCCGUUUUAGUCCCGAAGUUGCAUCUUGACUUGCUCCUCCGCCUGCAGUUGGGCCGACACUUCUGCCUGGUGUGUCUUUCUGUGGUGUUGCGGCCGCCUUCCUGCCUGGGCCUUGGGAGCCCUCACCUCUGUGUAUGGAAGCUGGGUUUGAUCCUAGCAGUUGUCCUUCCCUCUUGCUCCUUGGCCAGGCUGUUAGCACGUAUCAGCUGGGUGGCCACAUGUGUGGGAAGUCCCCCCUCUUCAAUCACUUGGCCCUGCCUCUGCUGUCUGGGCUGGGGGAGCACCUUGUCAGUCCAUCCGGGUCCGGGCCUGUCCUCUUACUGUGGUGGGGACUGGGGGUAGAGAUGGGGACUUUUUUUAAAGAACAUCUACAUGUACAUAAAAGAGUUUGGUUACCAUUAGACUUGUAUGUAGAACUUUUUUAAAAUGGCCUUAAUAAAAUUACAAGCAACCUUCCUGGAUGCAAUUUUCAAGCAAGGCAUUGGGGAUCCAGUGAGGGAGCCUUGUCAGCCCACGCUUCCCAUCUGUUCAGUGCCAGUUCUGGGUGCAGAUGGGCAGGAGAGACCAGCGGCCUCUGCCUGUGAGAGGCACAGGUGCAGAGCUAUCCUGGGCUGGGGGUGCGAGGCCACCAGGAGCUAGAGGCCAGGCAUCCCCAUGUCUUCCUGGGCCUUGGGAGGCCUCCCGGGGUCUGCAACAGGGAAUUUUGUUUUUUUAUUAAAUAUCACUUCUCUACUAACUAUUCUUGAGUUGCCAAGACUUUCUGAGUCAAGACAGCGUAAGGGAAUCAGUCCUUUGACUUGUGAUGUGAAAAAUACUGUGAUUUCAGGCAAGCUGUGCCAUGAGGGGCGGGCCUGGGCCUGUGUCCUGUAUAUAGACCUGCCACCCAUGUCCUACUCACGAGCUCAGGGCAAGCCUGGACUUCAAACCUGGACACUGGGUCCACAUGGACAGGCUCAGAGGCCAGCCCGGCUGUCCCCCCGCCACACCCCCACUGAGUGCUCCCAGCUUUAGCCGAGCCACCUCAGCUUGUGCAGACCUUUCCCCGGGGGGGCUUGAGCUACCAAGCCUGUGCCCACUGCCUCAGUUUACCCUCUGCCCUUCAAAUCAAGGGCUGUAAGUUUGCUCCCUCAUGCGGCUUGUGGGCUGAGGAUGGAGACCAGGGUCAGCGCCUUUCUGUGUCCUCCAGAGAAGAGGGCUGUGCCCAGGGCUGACUGGAGGAGAAGGCGGGCUCUCGCUGGGGUCACAGCCCCAUCACAGGUACCCAUGCUGACCUCCCCUCCAUGCCCUUACAGGGGGAAGACAGGCAGCGCUGUUGGAGCGUCCUGCAGCCCCCUUCCCUUGACACUUCUGGGCAGAAGGGUGAGUGCCAGCCUCUUGGUGGCAGAGGGAACUGAGACCCUCAGUGGAAAGCUCAGGGGAUGGGUUCCCAACUUUUCCCCUCAGCAAAAUUUGGGAACCCACAGCCAACACAUCCAAAAGCUGGUGAAGCCACAGCAGAAGCAGCCCUAACUGGGGUGGGUCCAGCUCUGCCACUGUAGGUCACAGGGCUUGCUGGGACCAGCCUCUGGGGGCUGGGAUGUGUGCUUCGGAUCUUUCCCCAAGUGAAGCCUCUCUGUGCUGUUCUCUGCUCUUGGGUUUUCAGAGUGAAGGAGGGUUCUGAGUGAUUAAUGUGUUUGACCCAAUUUUUAUCUGCUGAGCUCCUGGAAGGAUGCCCAGAGGGGUGGUCUGUUGUGAGGCCUGUGCGUCACAGUGGGGUAGGUGAGGUCACCUCUGUCAAAUGAGAUGCUGCAUGGAGGGCAAGGGACUCCAUGUCCAUUCAUGCAUCCUGCCAGGGGUAGAUAUCCAGUAUGGGGCCCCCCCCAGUCUGUUGGGCCUCCUGGGUCUGAUGAGUACCCAUGAGCGACUUUCACUAAGGGGCCUCCAGGACCCUGAGCUGGUUUGUAACCAAAUACCCUUCCAAAUCCCCUGCCUGCCGAACUCAGCUUUCUGCAUUUCCACAGGAGGCACCCCCUCUCCGAUGUGGGAUGUGUGUGUAAAGUCUGGAGGCACUGGGGUGCUAACAAAGGAGCUCCUGGGUUCUGAUAAAGCCCAGUGUAGGACUGAGGUACAGGGGCCACAAGACUAAGGGUACUGGGCACCCUGGUCCUGGCCCAUUGCUCCUGCAGGUGGCAUUCCAGGUGAGGAGGUCUGUGGCUACUGAGUCCUCCCCACGUGGCCUGCAGAGCUGGGGGAAGACUCAGUGCCUCGCCGACUCUGGGAGGCUUGCCUGGAGUAAGUAGGCAGCUGGGUCUAUUUCUGCACCCAUUCUCUUGGGACCCUGGGCGCCCACCUCCUGGAGUCUCACAGUACAGAUGUAACUAGGGGCCCUGGUGACAUACCUUCAGGAGUACUGGCCGAGUGGGGCUCCUGCCCCUCAUUACCCUUUUCUUGCCACAGGCAACUGGCCACUCCCAAGCAGAGGGAGGUAGGGCAACCUGCACCCCCAGGCUGGACACUGGGCUACUCCUCCUGAGGGCAUGGAGAGCAGAAACAGGACCCUUGUGACUGGGGCCUAAGUUUCCCUCCUGUCACUGGCUCAGACCCAUGAGUCUCAGGGUCCCUCCCAGAGUGAGGGGCAGGGGUUGGACAUCAGGGUGAUGCUGGCUGCAAAUGGCUCCCUCUGCCUUCCACACUCCUGGCCAGUCCCAACAGCCCAUCCAAGGAGCCAGGGACAUGUGGCAUGUGCCCGGGCAGGAGGGGAGUGUUGCCUCCAUCUCACAGGGUUGUGGGAUUUGGGACAAAUGAUGCCCAGUUCACCCUAGCCUGUCAUUUCUGACCUCUUGCCCACUGGGACAAGGGGACACUGCCAUAGCCUCCCCCACAAGGUCCCGGGAGGGAAGGCUUUGGCAGCCGAGGUCCAUUGCCCCCCAUCUGCUCCCCCCCAGGAACUGCCCCCAAGGGGCUGGGUGGCACCUCUAAUAUAUGCAAACCCAUCAGUCUGAGCCCUACCCCACUUGUGUCCCUCUGUUGCCAGGCUGGCUCUGCCCCCCCCAGCAUGUACACUCUGCUGUGGAUGUCCCAUGGGCCGUGCGUGUGGGUGCCCGUGGCGGGCUGGGGCGGGCGGCUCAGGGUGCACUCAGCCGGCCCCUGCCUGUCCUCUGGCGUGGACGCUUUUGUCUUUGUACCUUUGCAUCCUUUGUAAUGAAACCUAAUAAAAACCCAAUGUUUUCGUCUC